AUGCAAGAAACUGAUAGCACCACACCUGCCAUAUCCACGACGGCCACGACAUCUCCUCAGGAAGAAGUCGAAAAGUCAUCCGUCACCACUGGAACACCAGAAGCCUCGACCGAAUCGAUGACAUCGCCAUUGAUAGCGGUGGCCACUUCCACUGUAUCAACAAUGAACACCCCGCUUGCCGGCUAUCGCGAAUCUGUUGAAGAGCUGGACAAACCCGAUUUGUCGCGGAUUUACCGCAAAUUGUUCCCCUAUCUUAAUUCCGACCGAAAUUGA